UUCUAUUCAAAUCAAUAACACCCCAUGUCCCUUUUUUUCCUUUUUCAUAAUAAAAAAAGAAAAGAAAUAAUACUGCCCGUAUAGGAUAUAGGCAUAGCACAUGAAUAAUCAUUAUGAGGUUUUAGUUUUAGUACUGUACUUGCUGUAUGUGUGUGUAGUGAAUUAUAUAGAUCUAGGUUCUUGAUUUCUAUUGCUUAUUAUAGGGAUCUUAUUAUAAGUGGGAAAGAACUUAUGUAUAUGCAGAGAGAAGAACAGAAAGACUUUGAUCUGGGAUCUGACGAGCCUGAGGCCCCGUUGCCCCUCACUGUCACUUCUCGGGUGCUGUAUAUGUUGGGGGAUAUCACGGCGGGACCGGCGUAUCGGUUCGCCCAAUGGCUUGAGCUGGUCCGUAAGCGCAGCAGCAAGUACCGCUCUUCAGGUUUCCCUAGACGAGCUGAUAGCAUGCCAUUAAGGACUUGGAGCAGAAGAAAAGAUCUCCUAUCUGUCUUUCAUCUUCUUCUUCACAAGGAAAUCAAGUGAAAAUAAGUACCUAUGUUCGGUAGAAGCUAUUUUCUCCAGUGUUAGCGGCUAAAAUGCUUCAAGUUGAGGGAUGAAGUGUCUUUUGCAUGCAAGUCUGGAGUCAUGUUGACACUUCCUUAAAAAAUGGAAGAAUGGGAACUGUGGUUUCCCUUUCACUAUUGAGAUUAAAUGAGUGACACAUGUUCUAACUUCUAACACACCUUUGUUUCAAGAAAAAUUUCAAACUUUCUGAUGAGAGCAAAGUCUUAGCUGCUGUUGUGGGCCCAUAUUCUUAAAAGAAUAAUAUGCAGAGGAGUCGAGUCUUGAUCAGGUUGAUCCUCUACCAUCUGAGAAAACAACAGAAGUAAGUUUAUGGGAGAGACUUGGCAAAGCGGCGGUUUUGGACAUUGAAUCAAGCACCUUUUCAUGGAACAUGCUGUCCUCUCUUCACCACACGGAGCACAGUAGUAGUACCGAACAGUCUGAGGAAGACCCUAAUAAAGCAUUAGAGGUGACUGUAAAUUCUGGAGGUGUUGUGUUUUUUGCGCUAUUUAAUGAACCUGAAAAUGAUGAUGCUUCUCCAAAAGAAGCUGCAGCUGUUAUAAAGAUAUCCUCUUCAAGGAUGGCAACACAAUCAGAACGUCUGGGCUAUGAAUUUGCAAAGUGGCUAGGUGUCCAAACUCCACAAGCCAGGGUUAUUCAUAACUGUAGUCCAGAGUGGCUACAGAUCAAGGAAGCUGCAGAAAAAGCAAAAGAGACAGCAAUUUCAGAAGGUGACGAGAUUGUGGAAAUGACGUGUUCAGAACUUCUGGAAGCUCUUGAGCUAAGCCGGUGCCUUACGUUAAUGAACUACAUCCACGGGUCCCCUCUAUUGGAGAGCUCAAAUGCAUUUGAUUCACGAGAAGCAGGAGAAAGGACUGCAGCAGCUCUAGGUAGGGUUUUGAUGUUGGAUCUUGUCAUAAGAAAUGAAGAUCGACUUCCAUGUCGCCAUCUGAGAUGGCGUGGAAACCCUGCAAACUUAUUGUUGGCUGAUAAAGUGAAUUCUGCAAACUUGGAUGCACUAGCGGCAGCAUUUGAUUCUGCAAUUGAUCGAUAUAGGCCGAGAGUGAUUCGGGCACUUCAGAAAGAAAGAAGAGCUAAUUCUGUAGAUAGCAGAAUAAGCACUCCUAACCCCGGAUUAAUAUCACAGAGUUCUGACCUUUCUGACAUCACAGAAUCUCCAAAAUCCUGCAAUCUGAAUGCAAGUCAAACUUCAAAUGAGUCAACGUGUCCAGAUUUUCACAUUGUAGCAAUAGACUCUGGGGUUCCGCGAAAACCGCCUGCUGGAAAGCGUGCAAAUGAUCAAGAAAAUUAUCCUAAGCUUGUUGAGCUCCUUAUUAACAGUCCUGAGUAUGCAUCGAAAUUAUUAUACGAGAUUACAGGAGGAAAAUUAGGAUCUCCUCCAGAGCCUUCUGAUGCAACGAACAACAAUCAGGCAGCUGACUUUGCUUCAAUCGGGCAUGAAUUUCGGAUUGGAUUUCGAGCAGCUCUGCGUGACUUGCAGGGAUUUCAUAUAUUCCUUCUCACCCUUCAUCAGAAACUGGAUAGUGUCUUUCGAGUAUUUCUUGGUGUUAUUAACAGAGCUUCUGCUGGCGAUCUUGAGAAAGAAGACAUGGUAAUUCCUGAGUCGCCUUCACUAUCUGCUGGUUUUGUCGGGCAUUGCCCUUCAACACCAAGCAAAGAACGCGCACCAAGUGAUAUAUAUUUGGAUUCAAAUGAAUCAGACUGUCAGAGAACAGCUCCUAGACCUUCAUCUUCUGGAUGCAGAGAUAGUUUGGAUUCUAUGAUUUCUCCAAAUUCACGCGAUAGCCAAGGAAAGUGCUAUAAGGGCAGUGGUGAACCACUUAGUAGUAUCCGUUUCACAUCAAAACUCCGUGACUUUCACAAAUUUGCUAAGGUAGAUGCAGAACUAAACAAAGAAUUGGAGCAAUGGAAUGAGAUGCUUAAAAGUGAUGCAAUUAAAUUGUGCCAGGAAAACAAUUUCAAUACAGGUUUCUUUGAAGGAAGUGAUAGUAAUUAUGUGGUCGAUGCUUAUGAGCUGAAGGUCAGGCUUGAGCACAUUCUGGAGAGGAUAUCAUUGAUUUCUGAUGCUGCAAAUACAGAAAAACCAUCUGCAAUCUCAGGCAGCCUGUUUAUCGGUGGCGCACUUGCUGCUAGAUCUGUGUACACACUGCAACAUUUAGGAAUCACACAUAUUUUAUGUCUGUGUGCAAAUGAAACUGGGCAGUCAGAUUCCCAGUUUCCUGAUUUGUUCGAAUAUAAAAACUUUUCUAUAUGUGACGAUGAAGAUUCUAACAUCAGUGCUCUCUUUGAAGAAGCACAUGAUUUUAUCGACCAUGUUGAAGAAAACGGUGGGAAGGUUCUGGUUCAUUGCUUUGAAGGGAGAAGCAGGAGUGCUACAGUUGUUCUUGCUUAUUUAAUGCUCAGGAAGAAGUUUACUUUGUUGAAGGCAUGGAAUACACUGAGACGAGUUCAUCGCCGAGCCCAACCUAAUGAUGGCUUUGCAAAGAUUCUUUUGGACUUAGAUCGCAAGUUGCAUGGUAAGGUAUCUAUGGAAUGGCAACAGCGGAAGCCAAUCAUGAAGGUUUGCCCCAUCUGUGGAAAGAACGCUGGCUUGAGCAGCAGUUCACUGAAGCUUCAUUUGCAGAAAGCACACAAGAAACUAUCAUCUGGUAGUGUCGACAGUGCUAUGAACAUGGAAAUACAGAAGGCCUUAGAUGCACUCAAAAUUAGUCGAGGUGGAAGUGUCAGCCCUACGCAGAGACAAUCUUCCAUGAUUGAAGAAUUAUAAUCCUGACUUUAAUAGUGUGCUGCUGGCCUGACCAACCUCACACGGGAAUUGGUCAUUGUAGAUGUGGAGCAUGAAGCUCAAAGUCUUUCCCAUGAUUAUGUACUAACAAAAUCAGGCAAACAAAAUAAAACAUGUAAGUUUCGCGUGCUGGCUUAAUUUGUAAACAUGCACAAGCAGAGGCGUAAGAGUUUUAAGGAUCCUCCCUCUGUAGUUGUAUUCUCGCAGUAAUUUUAGGAAGUUAGAAAUCUUUAACCUUUCCAGCCAAAGAAAGGGUAAAAGAAAUGUCUGUUAGCUUGUCUAAGCCAUGGUAGACAGAAUUAUGAGGUAUCUAUACUGGUGGAAUAGUCGAGGUGCGUGUAAGUUGGUCUCAACACCGCCAAUAUAUAUAGAAAAAAUGUUUGUUUAGCCAUGCGACUUUAUUAUGGGCGUCAUAUAGUGUUUUGGCUUGAGGUUGAUUUCUUAUUUUGACACAUUUGUUGUUGGUACUAGUUUUGGUCUUGGACAAUGUAGAAGCAUGGAUUGUUUUUAGCAUUUGUAGUCGCCAAUUCUUACAUUUUAAACUUCUUGUUGGCUUCCCGUUACGUAAAGCAAAUGAAGAUCUUGUACUUCUUUUACU